UAUUAAUUUCACUAAAACUUUUUCACUGUAAACUAAUAAUUUAAGUCUAUUUCAUGAAUUAAUAUUACGUUUUUGUUUACAAUUUACAUUCUGCUCUAUGCUUCAUCUCCUCAACUCAAAAGAAUUACGUCACAAGAUGGCUGUUGCCGUAAUCUUGUAUUCUUUCAUUCUUAUUAUAUAGUCAAUACUCUAGACACAUGCUAAAAACGUUUCAUAAAUGUAAUAGAUAGAAAAUUACCAUCUCUAAUUUAAUAUCACCCUAAUUUCUACGUGUCUUAUAAAAUUGUUGCUGCAUAUAAUCUUUAUUAUUAAACGACAUAAAAAUACACAAUGACUGGAAUUAAAGGCAUAGUUGCAAAAUACUAUAACGACUAUGUUGAAAAUACUCCUCGGAAACUAAAGUUGGUGGACACCUAUUUGGCCUACGUACUCCUAACCGGCGUUAUUCAGUUUGCGUAUUGUUGUUUAGUCGGCACAUUUCCUUUCAACUCGUUCCUGUCGGGCUUUAUAAGUACUGUAAGCUGCUUCGUGCUGGGAGUUUGUUUGCGACUUCAGGCAAAUCCACAAAAUAAAGCGAUAUUUGUAGGUAUUUCUCCAGAACGAGGUUUUGCUGAUUUUAUUUUUGCCCACGUUAUACUACACUUAGUAGUUAUGAAUUUUAUUGGAUGAAUAUAUAAUGAGAUAUGGUACAUUAUUAUUAAUAAAUAUUUUAAUAAUUAUAAAUAAAAAAAUAUCAAUUUAGCAACCGAAGAUAACUUUCAAA